AUGAGUUCACCCUAAUCCAUAGGUAGUCCAACUCUUCAAGCCCAUUUUAAGCCCUCUCUAUUUGCUCCGAAAACAGGCUCCCCUUACUCUUCAAAUCUAAUCAAAACAAAAUAACCCAGUAGUAACCGUAUUAACACUCCUAUCAUCAAAACAGAGAGAGCAAGGACUUUAAAUUUUAGUGAUUCAGAAUCAAAGCCAGAAUCUAAACGAUGGGAUGCUGUAUGUAAGGUAGAAAAAUCGAUCAACAUACUCAGAAAAACAAAGGGAAAAGUUGAUUUCUCAUUUCAAAUUAAGGUAGAAGAAAUAAUAAAUGAAAUGAUGGUGAUCUGUGGAAUUGAUGAAAAAGUCUCAAAAUUGUUUCUUUAGAUCAAAGAGGAACGUGAAUAAAGAAAAUAAUCCCAAUUAAAGACCUUAAAGUUCAUUAAAGGCCAAUUGGACUAAAUAGAAUAAUUAAAAAGAAGAUGUCAGGAAUACUACUGAUAACCAUAAAAUAUAUUUUCUUAAGUUAUAAUUACAAGUAACUA